ACACCACCACCACUGCUGCUGCUUCGUCCGUCCAUCCUCUCGUUCCCCUCCUGCUCUACAGCGACACACAUUUACCGCCGUCCUCGCCGUACGACCAGCCAAUCACAGACGCCCACUCCGUGACACGCCCCUGUUUCCGUGUCAACGGCGCCACCAGGUGAGGUUUUUGAGGGGUUUGAGUGAAGGCGGAACUUUUACCUUCUUUUUUCAUAUGAUGGCGGACACACUUUCUCUCUCUCUCUGUGUAAUGUGUAUGUCUCUCGCCCUCAGCAGCAGCGGCGGCGGCAGGCAGGUGGUGAAGAAGCCGCUCAACGCCUUCAUGCUCUUCAUGAAGGAAACGAGACACAAAGUCCUUCAGGAGGGACGAGAGAGAGAGAGCGCCGCCAUCAACCGCGUCCUGGGACGCAAGUGGAACUCUCUGUCCAGCUCUGAACAGUCCAAAUAUUACGACCUGGCCCAAAAGGAGCGAUCACUCCACAUGCAGCUGUAUCCUGGAUGGUCCGCACGAGACAACUACGGUAAAAGGAAGAGGAGGAGGAACCAGCAGCUGCCAGGAGGAAAAAAAAUACGGGAAAAUAAACAAAUAGAUUAAAUCAAUCACUGGAAUAUUGUAUCGGCCAUCUUGUAAGAUUAUGUCCUUUGCAAAGACUUUUACUCAAUUUUAUUAA